CCUCCUCCCCUUGCCUGCCCCGGAUCCUCUCAGUCCGCUCUCUCUCUCUCCAGCGGGCCCGAGUUGCACAUCUGUCCGGCGGCCGUACGCCCACGCGGACCCUGCCGACCCAGAGGGAGAGUGGUGGGGGGAUGAAAUUAGCAGGGACACGGCGAGAGACAGAACCUUUGUUGGAAGAAAAAAAACCCGACCAGUCUCAUCGGAGCACCUCACAUAUCUUUCCAUCUUUUUAGUUCUCCCCCCCCCACUCCACUCCUCAGGGGAAAAAAAAUAUUUAUUUUUUUUUACUCCGUGGAAACAUGUAAAAACUAGCCCGGAUCUGGAGCAGCUGCACUCCCGUGAGCUAAACCCAGCGGGGUUGGACACACGCGACGGGACCGUUAGGUUUACAGCCGGAUAACAAGGGACCCGGUCAACGCAGGAGGAGAGGAACGAAACGACAUUUUCCUCCUUAAAGGCUGGACUUCACCCUUCUUAAUAAUAAUUAAAAAAAACACCAAAGCUAAUAAAUCGUCCUGGUGCAGGGCGUGCUUCAGGAUGCUGGCGGAGCUGAGCGACUGGUUCUGGCAGGAGCGGCUGUGGUUUCCGGAGGGUCUGGGCUGGGCUGACCUGGAGGAUCGGGAUGGACGGGUUUACGCCAAGGGCCGUGAUUUAUGGGUGGCGCUUCCCAUCGCGCUGGUAUUCCUCAUUAUCCGGCAAAUCUUCGAGAGGACAGUGGCUACACCUCUGGCCUCUCUACUCGGUGUGAAAGAGACAGUUCGGCUCAAAGCCCCACACAACCCCUCCCUGGAGUUCUACUACUGUAAAGUGACCAAAAACCCCUCACAGUCUUCAGUAGCAAGUCUUUGCAAGCAGACCGGCUACUCAGAAAGACAAGUGCAGCGGUGGUUCAGACGGAGGAGGAACCAGGACCGACCAAGUUUGCUGAAAAAGUUUCGAGAGGCCAGUUGGAGAUUUACCUUUUACCUUCUUGCUUUCAUUGCUGGCCUGGCCUCCCUCAUCGAUAAACCUUGGCUGUAUGACACGAAGGAGAUGUGGGAAGGCUUUCCUGUGCUGACUCUGCUGCCGUCUCAGUAUUGGUACUACAUGAUCGAGCUGGGGUUCUACAGCUCUCUGCUCUUCAGCGUGGCCUCCGAUGUCAAACGCAAAGACUUUAAAGAGCAGAUAGUUCACCAUGUAGCCACCAUCCUCCUCAUCAGCUUCUCCUGGUGUGUGAACUACAUCCGUGCUGGAACCCUCAUCAUGCUGGUCCACGACUCCUCCGAUUACUUUCUGGAGUCGGCUAAGAUGUUCAACUAUGCUGGGUGGCGAAACGCCUGCAACUACAUCUUCAUCGUCUUUGCUGCUGUCUUCAUCGUCACCCGCCUCAUUUUCUUCCCCUUCUGGAUCAUUUACUGUACGUGGAUUUACCCAGUGACCGUCUACCCGCCUUUCUUCGGCUACUACUUUUUCAACGGGCUGCUCAUGGUUCUGCAGUGUCUCCACAUCUUCUGGGCUGUUCUCAUCAUCCGCAUAGCGCUCCGCUUCCUCACCAACAACGAAAAAGUGGACGAUGAACGGAGCGACAAAGACGAAACGGACGAAUCGGAAGAGGAGGAAGAGGAGGGCAAAAAGCACGCAAAGAAAAACGGGCCCUUGCAGAACGGUCACACGGUCCACAACAACAACCACAGCAAGACCGAGUGACAGCGGACACGUGUGAGGAGGAAAGGAAAAAAAGGACGACAAAGAAGAUACGAUGCGGACGAGGAUUGGGAAACGUUCCCUAAACCGGGGAGAUUCGACACUGUUACUUUAACGCAGACACACACCCUCAGUCAGACUUUUAGAGAACACAGACAUCGAGAUCAACACUACACUAAGUGGCACUGCUUCUGCUUUGUCAUCAGAGGAGAGGAAGAAAAAAAAAA